AUGUUUACGCUCAAGAAUACCAGAUCAAACCAGACCCACAGCUUGUCUCGCAGGAGGAGAAUGAGAAUGACUUGUGACUUGUCCAUCCUCACGGCGGUUUCCCUCGGACCUAACAUGGCCGAACUCGGAGUCUUGGGCCCUAGUGGGGUUCGUCCUUGUCAACUUGUCAUGAAGAACAAGAGGCAAGGCGCCGGCUUCCUCACCCAUCUCUCUUGCGAUUGUGCGAUGCCUGGGUCGUGCCCAGCCCCAGGCCGAUCGGGCAUUGUAAGCGGUGUGAAGAUCUAG